AUGGCCACGCACAUAAUGGCGAAUUUUCGAGUCGAUCGUACAAAGUUCGACACCACAUGCGUCCUCUGUGCAAUGCUGCUUCGCGGUGUCGAUCGCAAUCAUACGUACGGCAAUACCGUACCCCCGGUGAGCAUUCGCACAGUAGAUUCAAGAAUCCUAGUGGAGCAGGAAGGUCAACUGAAGCAAAGUUUGACCAUUGGACGACUACCAGAUGAGGACAUCAGUGCAGCAUACAAGGACGUCCAGAUCUCCUCCCCACGUCUCCCUGGUAUCGAGAGCUCUGCUCAUGGUAUCUUGCUGCAGCAGUGGCUACAAGACUGCGAUGCGAAUCAUCCAACGUGCUGCCGAGAGGAAGACUUGCGACUUCCACCACGCUUGCCAACCCGACUGCUGGCGUUACAUACAGCAAUUUCAGGUGAUAUCAGACUCCUUGACUCAGCCGACAUUCCCACUGGGCCUAGUGGCUUAUGCAAAUAUGCUGCACUCUCAUACAGAUGGGGUAAUCCUGGCGUACACCAAUAUUAUCAGACGACCACUGCGAACCUGUCCCUUCACAAGAGGCGCAUCAACAUUGAGGACCUCCCUCUUCUUGUUCAAGAUGCCGUCAAAGUCGCUAGGGACAUCAAGACGCCAUAUCUUUGGAUUGAUUCAUUGUGCAUCGUACAAGAUGACAACGAUGACUGGGACGAGGAGGCUGCCCGCAUGUUAGAUGUCUUCAGUGUCGCUUACUGUGUCAUUGCUGCAAGCAGGUCGACCGGAGUCUCCGACGGCUUUCUUGGGGAGCCUGAACCAAGAAAGUCUAUUCCGCUUCCUAACAGCUCCCUCUUCAUAGCAGAAGACAUUGAUGACUUUCAGAGAGACGUCAUCGAAGGGCACUUGAACAAACGGGCGUGGGUCCUGCAAGAGCGUGCUUUGGCCCGUCGAACGAUCUACUUCAGAGAGCGACAAAUGUACUGGGAAUGUGGUGAAGGCAUUCGAUGCGAGACCAUGACUAAGAUGCGCAACAAGCAAGCCGCUUUCCUCGGUGAUCCAAACUUCCCUCGUCUUGCUGAGAUGGAAACAAAAGGCGGGAAGAUACUGCUUUCUCAAAAGCUGUACGAGCAAUACUCUCGGCUGGCAUUCACUUACGAGCAGGAUCGUCCAAUCGCAAUUGCCGGAAUUGAGGAGAGACUUUGUCGUGCAUUCGAUUCCAGAGGCGGCUACGGCGUGUUUGAGAAAUACCUUGGCCGGAGCAUACUAUGGCAACGUGCUGACGAGGAGCCCACUCUCGGCAAAAUUGACUUCAGCAAAGAACGAGGCCAAAUACCAUCAUGGUCUUGGAUGGCGUACAUGGGCGCAGUCAACUUGCUUGAGUUACCGUUCGGAAAGAUAGAGUGGACUAGCGAUUAUCAAUCACCCUGGUCCUCCUUUCGGCGACCGCCUUGA